AUGGGUGGUUCUCCAAAACAGCUUCUUGAUGUUCUUGAUAUCCUAACUAAAAGAAGGUGCAACUCAACUAAUCCUUCAUGGAGCAAAGUUCUGGAAGUUCAAGCCAAGAGAAGAUGGCUAAUGAAGAAACAAAGGGUCAUGACUAGUCGCAUAAGAGGACACAUCAAUGGUAAAAGGGUCAGAAAGAUUGCGAUGAAGAGGAGGGGUUGUUCUCAAAAUGGAUCUAGAAGGCCUAGAAGCGCGGUCGAGAAAAAAGUUAAAACCCUGAAGAAGCUAAUUCCAGACGGCGAGUCCAUGGGUUUGGAUGGGCUCUUCAGGGAGACAGCUGAUUACAUUUUGUCCUUACAAAUGAGAGUGAGAGUCAUGCAGAUUAUGGUUAAGGUAUUAUCAGAUUCUGAUGAGUGA